AUGGAAACAAAUAAUGCUGGCGUUAUGACUGAGGAAUCGGAUGAAGAACUACCACCAGUCAAGAAACAGAGAAAUACAGUGGAGACUGUCACACCCGUAAAGAAGGAGAAGACACCACCAUUGGCGUCACAAGCCCAGCCUGCAGAAGCUGCCGUUCCACAAGUGAAACCCGAGAGAAUGCAGUUGGACGACAAUCAGCAGGCAGGUGCCAAUGGAAAACCAAAUGGUACUAGUACAACCACGACAACAACGACUACUACCACCUCCACAACAGCAACUACACCAAAGAAACCCGCAACAUCAGCAUCAACUACACCAAAGAAAGUAAAGAAAGAAGAGUCAUCCGAUGAUUCCUCUGACUAUAGCGAUUCCUAUGAUUCCUCCGAAGACGAUAGUUCCUCCUCCGACGACGAUGCGCCAAAGAAAAAGAAGGUUGUCACUACACCAAAGAAAAAGCCAGCUGCCGCUCCAAAGAAACCAGCUAGCUCUACAACCAAGAAAUCUGCGGCCAAAAAGAAAGCAACUCCAAUCAAGAAGAAACAGGAAAGUAGCAGCAGUGACUCUGAUUCCUCGGAUUCCUCGGACUCUGACUCAUCGGAUUCUUCGGACUCUGACUCAUCAUCGAGUGAAGACGACAAGAAGAAGAAGAAGAAGGCAACACCAGCAAAGAAGAAAGCAGCGACAACACCAAAAAAGAAAACAGCUACAGCAAAGAAAGAAAAGAAGGAAACAACGAAAUCAAAGAAGAGAAAACAUGACGAUGACGACGAAGACGAGGAGGGUGGAGACGAUCAAUACAAGUGGUGGCUCGACAAACCACAUGCCGACGGUGUCAAGUGGAAAACACUCUCACAUGCCGGUCCAGUGUUUCCACCACCCUACGUUCCACACGGUAUCAAGCUCUACUAUGAUGGUGAGCCGCUGAAGCUGACACCGGAACAAGAGGAAGUCGCCACCUUCUACGCCAACUAUAUUGAGACUGACCACGUCAAGAAAGAGAUCUUCCGUAAGAAUUUCUUUAACGAUUUCCGUGCGUUGCUCUCCUCCGAGCAAAAGAAAACAGUGAAGACAUUCGACAAGCUGGAUUUCUCGAGGAUCCACAAGUUUAUCACCGAGCGAAAAGAUCUGCGUAAGAACAGAACCGAAGAGGAGAAGAAACAGGAGAAGGAGGACAAGGAAAAGAUCAAGGCAAUCCAUGGUAUUGCAACUAUCGACGGUCACAAACAAAAGAUUGGUAACUACACUAUUGAGCCGCCCGGUCUGUUCUUGGGUCGUGGUGAGCAUCCCAAGACCGGAAUGCUAAAGACCAGAAUCUAUCCAUCGGACGUCACCAUCAACAUCGGUAAGAACGAGAAGGUUCCACCAUCGCCAAUCGAAGGACACAACUGGAAGCAAGUAGUCCACGACAACACCGUAACGUGGCUGGCAUUCUGGCGUGAGAACAUCAACAACGGAUUCAAAUACGUUUGGUUGGGAUCGAGCUCAAAGAUCAAGGGACUCGCCGACAUGAAGAAGUUUGAGACUGCGCGUGGCCUGAAGGAGUGCAUCGAUGACAUCCGUAAGGGAUAUCGCUCCAAGCUCAAAUCCGAGGAUCUCGAAGAGCGUCAACUGGCCGUCGCUCUCUACCUCAUCGAUAAGCUCGCACUCAGAGUCGGUAACGAGAAGGGAGAGGACCAAGCGGACACUGUCGGUUGCUGCUCCCUGCGUGUCGAGCACAUCGAUUUCCCCAAGGAGAAACCAAAUACAAUCACCCUCGAUUUCCUCGGUAAGGAUUCGAUGCGUUAUCACAACACCGUGGAGAUUGACGCGACCGUCUACAAGCAUCUCUUUAGCUUCACCAAGACCGAGGAUAAGAAGAAGAAGAGCAAGUCUGACAAUCUCUUUGACCAGAUCUCUGUUGGUAAGCUCAACAAUCAUUUGAAGUCGCAGAUGGACGGAUUGUCUGCAAAGGUAUUCCGUACUUUCAACGCCUCGAUUACACUUCAACAGGAACUGGCAAAGAUGCCGCCAUCUCUAAAGACCGUCGAUGAGAAGUAUCUAUUCUACACUCGUUGCAAUCGUGAGGUUGCCAUUCUAUGUAACCAUCAGCGUGCCGCACCAAAGACACACGCUGCCUCCAUGGAAAAGAUUGGCGACAAAAUCCAGGAACUCGAAGAUCUCCAUGAUCUCUGCGCGUUCGAGUUGAACAAGGUCAACAAGGAGAAGGGUAAGAAGAUGAGUAAGGAAAAACAAGAGGAAAUCAAAGAGCGUGAAAAGAAGAGAUUGAAAGAGGCCAAGGAGAAAGCAAUCAAAUCCAACAAGGACAAAGACAAGACCGACGAAGACAUCAAAGAGGAAGUGGAAACCAAGUUUGAGAGAUCCAGAAAAUUCCCAGAAUCUGAAGACCGACUAGAGGACAAGAGAAAGAAAUUCAAAGAGCAAAUCAAGAAGCAAGAGUUGCUCAGAACCGGAAAAGACGAGACAUCGACAGUUGCACUCGGUACCUCAAAGAUCAACUAUCUCGACCCAAGAAUCACCUCUGCCUGGUGUAAGAAAGUCGGUGUACCAAUCGAAAAGAUCUUCUCCAAGACUCUCAGAGAUAAAUUCCCGUGGGCAAUUGACGUAGAAGAUGAUUGGGAAUUCUAA